AUAUAAUGGCUGAAUAAUAACCGAAAAAUGAAGUUGCUCGCACCAGAAUGGUUGGGAAUUAUGUAAUAGGUAUAAGACAUCAGUUUAUGGAUAGGGAAGACGUUGGGAUUUGGAACUUUUGGAAAGGUAAAAAUGGGCAUUCAUGAACAGUCACAGGAGAAAGUGGCUAUAAAAAUACUGGAGAAGGAUAGAAUAGUUGAAACUGCAGAUGUAGAGAGAGUAUAAAGAGAGAUUCAUAUCUUGAAGUUGGUGCGCCAUCCCCAUAUAAUCUAACUAUAUGAGGUAUACAAUGUUAUAUUUUAGAUAAUUGAAACACCUAAGCAUAUAUUUUUGGUAAUGGAAAUGAUUAGUGGAGGAGAGUUAUUUGAUUAUAUAGUCUAAAAUACAAAGUAAUAUAAUUGAAUUAAUAAGAUUGGAAGAAGUGGAGGCCUGUAAGUUGUUCUAAGAACUGAUUGCAGGAAUAGAAUAUCUGCACAAACUAAGAGUAGUCCAUAGAGAUUUGAAACCAGAGAACUUAUUGCUAGAUUAACAUAAAAAUCUCAAAAUCGUUGACUUUGGAUUAUCCAAUACUUAUAAAUCAGAAGAGUUAUUGAAGACAGCUUGUGGAUCUCCAUGUUAUGCAGCUCCAGAAGUAUAAACAAUCUAAUUUCCAAGAUGAUAGAAGGACAGAAGUACUAAGGAGUGAAAGUCGACCUGUGGAGUUCUGGAGUUAUAUUGUUUGCAUGCUUAUGCGGUUAUUUGCCAUUUGAGGAUCAAAACACCUCUGCUCUUUACAAGAAGAUAUUGAGUGGAUCAUACCAACUACCAUCUCAUCUCUCGAAGGAAGCUUAAUCAAUGAUACAAGGAAUACUAACAGUCAAACCAGAUAAGCGAUUUACUAUUAAUGAUAUUCGAAAUCACCCAUGGUUUAAGAUCUAUAAACGAACUUAUGAUAUUCCUCCUGGGAUUGUGGUUGGUUAUAAUAGGAUUCCUAUAGAUCAAGAAAUACUCAAAUAAUUAAAAUAAUAUGGGAUAGAUAUUGAUCAUGCAUAAAAAUGCUUGGAUGCCAAUAAACACAAUGACAUUACCACUUUUUAUCAUUUACUUCUGAAAAGACAUUUGACAAAUGGAGGCAGGUCGACUGCUGAUCUUAAUUCGGAAUCUUUUGAUAUCACUCUUCUAGAACCUAAACAAAGACCUCAGAAAGGUAAUCUUUAUUUUUAACAACAGCUCCGAUUAGUUCAUUAGUUAAUAAUGAAGUUAUCAGACAGCAGAUGAAAGAUGAAAUAAUUAAAUAACGAUCUUAUUCCACUGAUAAGGAUAGAGGUAGAAUUAUCAAGACCAUGAAUCAAAAUAAAAUAUUGGCUGAUAAUGAUCUAAGUGUUAACAGAGUAGGAAACAAUGGAUAGGCUUAGAGUGUGCAAGCAAGAUAAAAAGAUGAAAACUAUUUUGAACAAUCUCCUGUUGUCAAAAACAAGCAUGUCCCUUACUCCAAUAUGUUGUGUCAAAAGUAUGGAGUCAAAUUUAAGAAUAAUAAUGUCACAUCAAUUGAUUAUCAUAAUAAGGAAGAAUUCAGAAAAGUGAGUUCCAGGAAUAAAAGAGACUUGGAUGCUAUUAAUCCUUAUCGUAACUCCAGUAGAGAACAAUAAUAAUAUAAUAGAAUGCUCCAAAGUGGAGGUAGAUCAUAGAAUCAUAAAAAAGAGAGAGUUCAUAUCAAUAAUCAAAAUAAUCAAUCCUUUGAUGUACCUUUGAAUUCAAAUCAAUCAGCUAAAUAAAAGGCAGUGAAUUAAUAAAGGUCUAGCCAUUUUUAUCAUGAUUGA